CUAAUAUUUUUCUUAAUAGUGACAAAGUCUAUAUAAUUAGCAAAUUUAAUGAAGAUUAGAUUUUGAAUUUGAGAACGGCAUGAUGGGAAGGAUCAUAAUGCUCCUUUGGAAGAAAAGACUGAAAUUCAUUGUGUUUUUCAUGCUGUUCUUUGUGGCAUCAGUAUACAUUUUAAAUGUUUCCUAUUUGAUCCUGGAAUGUUCAAGUGCAGAUGCUAAUAAGAAAUGGGUUGACAUUCGUGUGAACAGGAAUGGUGAGCAGACUUGUACAGAGAAAACUAAUUUUGUGUUCAUCAAGUGCAUGAAAUGUGCAACGGAAACCAUGGGAACUAUUGUCAGGAGAUUUGGUCUUGUGCGAAACUUAAAUUUUGUCGUUCCAGUAAAGAACAACAUUUACUUGGGAUGGCCUUUUCUAAUUGAGGAUCUUGAUUAUAGACCAUCUAAAAGGCCUUUUAACAUUUUAAUGGAGCAUGCAAUUUAUAAUCGCACUAGAAUGGCUAAAAUGAUGCCAAAUAACACCCUAUAUAUAACCAUUAUCAGAGAACCCUGGCGCAGACUAACUUCCUCUUUUUCGUACUUUAGUUUGGGUUACAUUGUGGAGCCCCCAGUCAAUCUCAGUGUGUAUGUUCGGAAUAUCCAGAAAUACGACGAAAUUUAUAAACAUCCAGACAAGAAAGCAUGGAGAUUCUGCUUUCCUAAUGGAUUCUCUCUAGUCAGGAAUUUAAUGGCACAUUGUUUAGGUAUGCCAUUGGGAUUUCCUGCUGGCCGGAGGGAUAUAUCUAUGAAUGACACUGCAAUUACACAAUAUAUCCGGGAACUAGACACCCAGUUUUCUCUUGUCAUGAUUGCAGACUAUUUCACUGAAUCAUUAAUUUUACUCAAACGUCUGAUGUGUUGGACAUUAAAGGAUAUUUUGCAUCAUAGUAGCAACAUUGGAAAGCAUAAACUACAUGACAUACUGCCAACAGAUGAGGAAUUCCAAAUCUAUUAUAAUUUCAGUAGAAUAGAUUUUAUUAUUUAUGAACAUUUUAACAAAUCUUUUUGGUUGAAAGUUCAGAAACAGGGCCCAGAUUUCUUUGAUGAAGUCAAUCAUUUUAAAGUGGUUCAGCUAUUAAUGGAAAGGUUUUGUUUUAUUGAAAACAAUGCUAGUUCCAAGGGACAAUUUUUAAUUAUUCCAGAAUCCAAGUUUAAUGAGGAAUUAACUAUUUCUAGUGAGUACUGUGCUUAUAUGACGAGAUACCUGUUACAGGACAUCAGAGACCAGUACAACCAAGUGGAGCUGGGGGGAGAUAAAACAAUGUUCUGGUACGCCAAAGAGCCAGAAAAGGGGGAGUUACCAAAGAGGGGGUGUUCAUUUCCUCUACCCUAGAACUGGUAGGGGGUAUCAUCCUAAAUAUAAUAGUGUAUCCCAGGAUGUAACAUAUCAUUAGAGUACUGCACAUGCAGAUUCUUUCAGUAUUUUCAAAAUACAGUCAAACCUGAACUAAGCAGUCACCUGCAGAAACCAUUAAAAGUGACUUUUAUACAGAGGUGACCUUUGAGUAGAGGUUUGUCUUUUCUAAGAAAAUUUGCUUCCAAUUUUUGUCAGUUCUGUGUUUUACUACAUCAUAGUAUAUUAAACAAAUAUCAAAGUGUUUUCAGUAAGCUUUUUUAAACUUUGGUCCCAAUUAAGAUGCAUGGUUUUUGAAAAGUAAUUAAUUGAGUUCAAGCAAAAUUCGAUGAAUUCAAGGGGAAAAAAAUGUUGAAUC